GGCGCUGGAGUUUACUACAAUCCAUUGAUAAAGUGUGAUGGUAGGCUUAUCAAAUACGGGGUUAUUAGCACUAGUAUUCUGGUUGAAGAUCUCCUCACCUGGAAUAACUUAUACAUUGCUGGACGACUCCAAAAACCGAGAUGAGGACUUAAGUUCAGAGAUGUAAUUUUCCAAACUCACACAGCUAGUAAGUACCUGAACUUGAACCCAGACCUGUCUCCAAAACCCAUGCUCUUUCUACGGUACGUAAUUUUCUUUUUCCUUAGUCAACUUCAAAAUCAGUUUAUCUAGAGAUCAUGAAAUAGAACAUAAACUGCUGAGGUUAUAUAUAUAGGCAAGAACAGAGAUCAGUUCUAAAUAAAGAAGUUAAAUGCUUUUGUCCCCUGAAAAUUAAGUGAAGAACAGUGAGAUUAGAAAAUAAUUUUAAAAAUUAAAGUUUCCAAAGGAUGUCUGCUCCCCUUGUACUGAUUUCUUUUUCAAAACCCAUGAUGAGUUUCCUUUUUCAAAAGGAAUAUUUAUUUUGUCUUCGUUGGCAUUUUGAUCCUUUCCUGUGUUAUGAUUUCUCUGACUUUGGCAUAAAACAGGAGACUCUGGGAUUGCUUAUUAGGAUACUAAUUUCUUCUUUUUAACUGGCCUGAUAUUCCAAGAUCUUCAGUGCUAAAAGUUUGGGAGAGUUCAAGUACAUGUGCACACCCAUAGCUUGAGCAAUACUUUACUUCUGGAAUUUUUCUUCUGAAUGGUCUGCUUUUUUUUUUCAGGUGAAAAUCGUAGCAAUGAAUGAGAAUGCCACUCUUAGGGCAGCCCUUGAUAAAAAUCUGAAGAGCGCUGUGAAUGCUGCUUUCCUACUACUCCCCGAAAGCUUUUCAGAAGAAGAGCUCUUUAUAGAGAUUGCCAGACUCUCCUAUUCAGGUGACUUUCGGAUGGUGGUUGGAGAAGAUAAGACAAAAGUGUUGAAUAUUGUGAAGCCCAACAUAGUUCACUUUCGUGAGCUCUAUGGCACCAUACUACAGGAGAAUCCCCAAGUGGUGCAUAAAAUACAACAAGGCAGACUGGAGCUAGAUAAAAGCCCAGAAGGACAAUUCACUCAGCUAAUGGCAUUGCCCAAAACCUUACAGCAACAAAUAAAUCAUAUUAUGGACCCUCCUGGAAAAAACAGAGAUGUGGAAGAAACUUUAUUCCAACUUGCUAAUGAUCCUGACUGUUCAGAGGUAGUGCGACUAGGCCUUUCAGCAAUCGUGAGACCCUCCAGUGUGAGACAGAGCACCAAGGGCAUUUUUACUGCUGGCAUGAAGAAAUCGGUGAUUUAUAGUUCAUUAAAACUACACAAAAUGUGGAGAGGAUGGCUGAGGAAAACCUAAUGUUGCUUGCUUUUAUAUAUGUAUGUAGAGAUGAAUAAAGUAUUUGACCUUUUUGACAGAACAGUGUUUGUUACUUUGACUCAUUGCUCAAUUUUGAAGAUACCCUGGUUUGUAUAAUAUUUUAUUUUUGAAAGUUAUGUAUCAGACAUUUAUCCAGGUGGGACUCAAAUAUCUUUGAGGGCUUAGCAUCAACAGGAAAGAGCUUGCUUUACCUCCUAAACCAUCUGAAUCCCACUUUCAUCAGAGCUUCACCGCGGUCUACAUUCCCCAGGCCCCGGAGCAUCAGUGACAUGAAAACUGUAUGUACACUUGUAAAUCAAGCAGUCCUGGGCUGAUCGCAGGCCCAAGAAGUUUCCUCUUUCUGCCUGUCUUGUUCUUUCUGUUCAUUUGCUUUUUUCCAGCAAGGCCUCGGAAGCAUCGCAUCAACAUCUUCCUUACAACAGUCCGGUAAGAUAGAUACUAUUAUUAUCCCAACUUUACAGAUGAGGAAACUGAGGCUCAGAGAGGAUGGGUGAUUUGCCCAAAGUCACACAGCUAGUAAGUGGUGGAGCCAAGUUACAAACCCACAUGGUCUGGAUCCA